CUAUACCCUCCUUGACCACCGGCAACGAGCAUUAACUUCUUCCAUUUAGCCCCGAUACUCCAUCUCCCCCUCUCUGCUGUAGAAACACUUGAGAAGGGGGUGCGGCUCAAAUAUGAAAUCUACAGCCUCUCUUUUGCAGUCUUGCCUACGAAUAGAAUUUUGUUGAAUACUUGCAAGAGAAGCUUAGAGUAUGAUGAUGCUUCCCCAGUUCCCCCGUCAUGGAAGAGAAGACGGAGCUAUCGAUCAUGUGCCUAGCAAUUCGGUAAUUACAACGGUCAACUGGGAUCGUGAUGUUCACUCAUUAGACCACGAUGAUGUUCAGAUGCUUGGCUCCUCCAUUUUUGCGAUGGGGGGAGUGUACAUUUCUUAUAGACUGCUCUUACCCAGGGGUCGAGUUGCUUUAUCGUCGGUCAAGCAUUGUAAUCCGAAAUGGGAAGUUAAUUUUGGGAGAGGUGUUGCAGCAGCAGACUUAAGUCAAUUGCAUUGGGAUGGAGGAAUAACAUUAUUGGUGGACUUCAAGAGUUUCUUGUACUUUAGUAUAAAUAAUAAUUGUAAUUUUUUUUUACUCCAGUGGGGGCAGGGGCAGGGGGUUUGGAGUAAUCAGGGUUGAAACUCACUCCAUUGAAUUUCAAACCCUUAUGUGCCUAGCGGGUUUCGAACUCGAGACCUCCCACUAGGCACGGUAACGACACAACCAGCUGGCCUGGAAUGCUUGGUUAUAAUAAUAAUGGUAAUUUUGAUCAUAAAUGCUAGACAAAUAAGUUGAAGUAUAUGUAUUUAUUGAACACUUGUGUGUUGAAUUAUAUUCAUUAUGUUAAUUGUAGUGUGUUGCAUUUUGUUUCAUCAUGUUGUAUUUUGUUGCAUCA